UUGUGCGAUCCCUCCCAGCUGCCUAGAAUUUCAGUUUCAAUUUCACUAGAAGUGCAUUCAUUUACUGGCAUCAGCCCGGAGUGUCUGAAAAGAAUACCGGUGGACCGGAGGCUUGUAGACUAGAGUGAAGAGUAACAAUCAUGGACAGACGUAAGUCAGAGGAGUCAAAUCAGAAAAUACAGGAUAAGGAUAAUUUGACUGCUGAAGAGAAGAAGGCAAGAAAAAACAAAUGUGAAGAAGAAGAACGCGAAAAUGUCAUCACAAGUGGAACUCUGCUCAUUAUGGCCUUCUUUAGACUACAAGAAAAUGAUAAUAAUGGCUACAUAAUCCAGUACUUUGAACAGGUCCUACAUUCCAUCUUCUUUUUUGGAUAUAUUAACAAAAAAAAAAUCUUACCAGAAGACUUCCUUCCUGAAGAAGUGAUUUCGCAACUUAAAAAUCUGUUCCCGAAGCCAUUUAGGGAGUACAACACCCAUCUCCCUUAUUACACCCCAUACUCCAUUCUCCUGGAAUAUAUGACUAAGAUUAUAAGAGCAGAAGAUCCAGAUUUAUUCAUGCAAGAACUGACGAGGGUUAAUCAAUCACUGUGGAAGGUGUGUGAUGAGCAAGGAAACCAACCCAUUGCCAAUGAUUUUGCCGCAACAGCUUCUACAGUCUCAUACUGCUGUGUGAUAGACACCAACAAUAGAAAGGUUCUCGCGAAUGCUUAUGGAGCCUCAAUGUCCUGUAAAGGAAGGAACCAAAGGGAAAUCAUGAUUGCUCUAUCUACCCUGCAUGUGUGGGACAAGGCCAUCUCGUAUGCAGUGAGUGGUAAGGGUAAACAUCCUAUAACGUUCCCAGAUCGAGUGCACUGUAGAGCCUAUAGUAUAAUCGCCCAAAGAGGGGCGUAUAUUGAAAAACGUCCAUGUAAAAGAUGCAACCAAUUGUAUAAUGUAAACUUUAUUCCAGGAUAUGAAGCAGAUACCAGGGAAUAUCCGUAUGGAAACUGUGCGGAAAAUGAAUCGCUCAGCAGGCUGCUGCAGGCAGAAACAAAUAUUAGGAAUGAAAUUUUUACUGUAGGGGAUAAUAGAGAGAAACUAAACAGAGAGGCUAUGGAGAGGAAGUUUAAAGAUGAGUAUGAAGAUGAGAAGAAAUGUCGAGUCAAAGCGCUCCUUUCAUCUAUGCAGUUUAAGCUCAACCCAAAACAAUGGAACUUUUUUACCCCUUCUAGCUCAGUUUAAAGUGUUAUCUCAGAGGUCCUCUAACUCACAAAGUGAUUGAAAUUAGGGUAUGUUCAGAUGUAGCUAGGGAUGAGCAAAUCGACUUCAGAUGCUUCAUCCGAAGUCGAUUCACUAAAAACUUUGUUGUAAUACUGCCCGGAGCUCCCACUCUGUACAGUAUUAGAAUGUAUUGGCUCCGUAGAAUAAUUCAGGAAUUAAUUAUUACUGUAAAAAACCUUGGUACUGAACUCGGGUUGGGUUCCGAGUGGUACCUUAGAACCGAACCCGCGUUCGCUACCAAUGUUUUUUACAGUAAUAAUUAAUUUCCUGAAGUUAUUACACGAAGUCUUGC